AGGAAAUAAUUAUUAUUAUUAUUUAAUUGCACAUUAAGAUAUGAUUUAAGGGAGAUAAGGGGGUUGUAGAAAGGGUCCUCUCUUUCAGAUUUUGCUCCAAAAUCAGAACAACCAAACCUUCCAUCUGAUUUGCAGAGUUUUUUCUCAAGGGACCAACCAGAAACAACCAAGGACACUCUAGAGAGAGAAAGUGGUUCUUUCUGUGAGUAACAUGCAAUAGAUAUAUAAAUAUUGUAGAGAGAGAAAUAGAAAGAGUGAGAGAGAGUUGAAGAUUGUUGUUCAAUUUGAAAAUUGCCCAUCAAGUACCCUUUUUCUGUUUUUAUUUUUUGGUUGGUUUUGGUUCCUAUCCAACCCUGUUUCUAUGUGAAUGAGUUGAUUAGUGGCUUACUUUGCUGGGUUUUCUUCUGUGAUAUGAGUUGUGGAGAUCUUAACUGAAUUUUGGUUUCACUUGUUGACGAAUAAUGGGUUGUGUUCAAAAUUUGAAAUUUUUGUCCCUGCAUUGGAAUGUUGGAUUCAUUUCUGCAUUGGUGUGUUCAAUUGAAGUUCGUGUUGUUUUUGGCGUUUUGCUUCUUUGGGGGAUCUCUACGUUUGCUGAGGCAUUUUUUGGUUUUUUCCUCUAAUCAAAGAUUUCACCUUUGUUCAUUCGCAUACCCUCAGAAAACAAAUAUGAUUUUUGGGAUUUAUGUUAGUGAUUGGUUGAAUGGAUUGCGAUCUGAAAUCGUGUGUUUUGUUCUGCUGGCGUUUCUGGGUAUUGAUUGUAUCGACCUUGCUGUGAUGGAUGUUUGAAUUUGUGCAAAGAAGAAAAGAAAAAAAUGGGAACUUGUGAAUUGAAUUUCAUCAAUUCUGUUUGAACAGGCUCUUGAUUCUGCUGUGCUGGAUUGAAGGUUGUGGCUGCUGCUUCUAGUUCUCUGUGGAAGAGACAUGUUGGACGGUCGCUCCUGCGUUGUUCCGAGGUUGUUUUCCGGCUCUUGCCAGGCUGCUGAAAACGACUGGUCUUACAUGAAGUACCUGUUGGAUUUGGACAUCAAAAAUGGCAAGCGCCCUAUGGAGAUUGACGAUGAGGAUGAUGAGCCCCAGCCAAGGAAGUGUACUAAGAAGUUGGAUUCUUGCCAUAUAGUUGAAACCACUCGAAUAUCGCUUCAACAGCAAUCCUUUGAGGCCAGGGAUUCUGUUGUUUCCCCAAUGGAUCAGGAGACCAUUGAGCCAUUGAGUGUUUGUCAAAGGGUUGGAGAAGAUGAGGAUUUGACUGACCGGCUAUCGGGCGAGCAAGAACUGAAGGAUGAUGGCAAUUUGAUGGAUUCUGGUGACCAUCAAUCUGAUAAACAGCAGCAGGGUCAGCCUGGGGAUUCAUCUGAUUCUGAUGUUCAGUUACCUGAUGAACAGAAGUUGCGGCACGAUGUGAAUUUAUUGAAUUCAAGUGACCAGCAAUCUGAGGAGCAGCAGCAGCAUGCUGGGGAUUCAUCGGAUUCUGGUUCUCUUUUGCCACGCAUGAACCGUGACAGCUCAAUCGCCUGUCUCAGCCGCUGCUCAAGGUCUGAUUAUGGUUCUCUUGCCUCACUAAAUAGGAGCUUCCGCAACAUAAUCCGAAGUGGUGAGCUCUAUACGUGGAGGAGACUAAAUGGCAUCAUGGAACACUGGAUUUAUUUUUCCUGUGCCCUCCUUGAGUGGGAGGCCUAUGAUCCAAUUCGCCAGCGGUGGAUGCAUUUGCCUAGGAUGGCUUCUAAUGAAUGCUUCAUGUGUUCAGAUAAGGAAUCUCUAGCUGUAGGUACUGAGCUUCUUGUGUUUGGGAGGGAGCUGAGAUCCCAUGUCAUUUACAGAUACAGUCUCUUGACAAAUUCAUGGACUUCUGGAAUGAGAAUGAAUGCUCCAAGAUGCUUGUUUGGCUCUGCUAGCCUUGGAGAGAUUGCAAUAUUGGCUGGUGGGUGUGAUUCAGAGGGACACAUCCUUGACUCUGCUGAACUAUACAACUCCGAGACUCAAACAUGGGAAACACUCCCAAGUAUGAAAAAACCCAGGAAAAUGUGCUCUGGGGUGUUUAUGGAUGGAAAGUUUUAUGUUAUUGGGGGGAUUGGGGGAAGUGAUUCCAAGCUUCUCACUUGUGGAGAGGAAUACAAUUUACAGACUAGAACAUGGACAGAGAUUCCUAACAUGUCCCCUGGACGUUGUACUAGGGGGUCUGAGAUGCCUGCCACGGCCGAGGCACCACCGCUGGUUGCUGUUGUAGAUAAUGAACUGUAUGCUGCUGAUUAUGCUGACAUGGAGGUUAAGAAAUAUGACAAGGAGAGAAAAUUGUGGCUUACCAUUGGGAGACUGCCUGAACGAGCAGUGUCGAUGAAUGGCUGGGGUCUUGCAUUCCGGGCAUGUGGAAAUAGGCUUAUUGUCAUUGGUGGACCUAGGACUCAUGGUGAGGGUUUUAUUGAACUCAAUUCUUGGGUGCCUAGUGAAGGACCUCCACAGUGGGAUCUACUUGCUAGAAAACGUUCUGGUAACUUUGUCUAUAAUUGUGCUGUGAUGGGAUGCUGAAGCAUUGAAUUGUGGAAGUUACAUAUUUUGAUGCUUCAAGUCCAAUGAGUUGCACAACAUUGAUUCAUCCAUUGACACAGGAUUCUUGCUAAUUGGUACUUUGCCCCCUUAUUUCUUUCUAUGAUAUUUUUCUUUCAAAGGUGGGGGAUGAUGGGGAAGAGAUUCAAAUAUUACUCAAGAUUAGAUGAAAAGUUUUCUGGGGAGGAGCUCUUCAAUAUUUUUUUUUUUUAUGUUUAAAAUUUGAAUCACUAUUUUGUUUCAUUGAAAUUGGUAACUUCCCCCAUUUCCAUUGACAUGAGAUUUUUCAAACUUUGGUAUCAUGUAGCAAAGGAAUAGAUUAAAUAAUUGAAGUUCCAAUACAAAUUUAGGUUACCGGUGUUGUUUGUUAAAGUUCUUCUAAGAUCACACAACUAGAUACUUGAUUUUCAUGAUCAUAAAUUCUCAGCUUGAAGGGAUGAAAUAAUUUUGAGAGUUUUUUUUUUUUUCUCUCUGGAUUAUGUAUUGAUUCAAUGUUCCAUUUGAAUUCAUGGACUUUG